GAAGUAAAUUUUAUAGAGGAAAGAACCAAGAGAGUGAGGCAGGUGAGGCAGCAGGAGGCAGAAGCGGCGGCCAUACCGGCUGUCUCCCGCACCACUACCAGGCUGUGUCUCUCACCUGGCUACUUCACACUGUCUCAGUAGAAAAUAUGGCAGACAGUGAUGACGAAUAUGAGAGACGACGGAGAGACAAGUUCCGUGGGGAGAGGUCGGAGUACACCAGCAGCAGCAGUACUAGAGAUCGUAGGGAUGACAGCAGGCGAGGUGCCAGAGAGGACUGGGCUGACAGGGGACGUGACAACUGGGGAGGCAGAGAGCGAGGAUCGUCCCGGCGAGAGUACAGCAGAGAAUAUGGUGGAAGAUCUCGAGACAGGUAUUCACCGAGCCGCCAUGACAUGUCUCCUCCGGUAAAGAGGAUGAGACAAGACUGGGAUGACAGAAGGUACCCUUAUGAGAGUACUGCAGGUGCCAAUGCUGGAUACGGAGCCUAUGGAGGCACCUAUGGCCAGGACUAUAGUCACCCAGCUGGUCAUGUAGGUGGUGCAGGAAGACUGGAUGAACUAGGUCCAACACAACCUCCAAUGAUGACUUUCAAGGCUUUUAUGGAGCAGUGUGAUGACUCUAUCACCGAAGAGGAGGCCCUCAGGAAGUACUCUGAGUACAAGCUUGAGUUUAAAAGGCAACAGCUAAAUGAAUUCUUUGUGAACCACAAGGAGGAAGAAUGGUUCAAGGCCAAGUACCAUCCUGAGGAGUGUGUGAAGAGGAAGGAGGAGCAGCUGGCCAACCUCAAGCGGCGCGUGUCUGUCUUCACGGAGCUGCACGAGGCCAACCGCAUGGACAACAUCAGUGUGGACGCUGACCAGUCAGACCAGCUUCUCAAAUUACUGGACUCUGUUGUGAUCAAGCUGGAGGGUGGCACUGACCUAGACCUACAGGUGCUGGACCAGUUGCCUGAGGAGGAUGUUAAGCCACAGAUCAAUGAAGAGGAGAAGAAACCCUUUAUUUUGGGGGAAGAUUCUGAUGAAGGUGAAGAUAAAGAAAAAUCAGAAGAGAAGAACUUGGAUGAACCAUUGAAGAUGGAUAUGUCAGAGGAACAGAUGGAGCUCCAGAAGAAGGCCAAGGAGUACCUCAAGCAGAAGGGCACAGAUGGAGAAAAGGAAACCCGUAAACGAAAACACUCGGGUAGUUCUUCGUCGAGCUCUUCCAGCGAGUCGGAGGACGAACCAAUGGAUGAUGAGUUAAAGGAACCUCCUCCACCUGGCAUGGAGAAGGAGGGAAGUAUAGACGACUCAAAAGUAAGAGAAGAGGGAGAGGAAGAUGAAGGAAAAAAGGAAGAAGAGAAAAAAGAAAAUGGACUUCAACCUCCAGGAGAAGAGAAUGGACAGGAGAUAGAAGAGGGAGAGGAUGGUGAAGAAAGUGAGUCCAAGGUUAGUGACAAGGAGAAUAAAGACAAAGAGAAGAAGGAGGAGGAGGAAAGUAAAGAGGAGGAGGAGGACCCUCGACCCAGAGCUCUGCACAAGACUGCAUCAAUUUUCCUGCGCAAUCUUGCACCCACCAUCACCAAACAGGAAGUGGAAGCUAUGUGCCGCCGAUACAAUGGUUUUCUAAGGGCAGCUAUUGCAGACCCCCAGCCAGAGCGGCGGUGGUUCAGGCGUGGUUGGGUAACAUUCAAAAGACACGUCAACAUCAAGGAUAUUUGCUGGAACCUGAACAAUAUUAGAUUAAGAGAUUGUGAACUCGGCGCCAUCGUCAACCGAGAUCUCAGCCGUCGGAUCCGCACCGUCAACGGAAUCACUUCUCAUCGUUCUGUUGUGCGCGCAGACAUCAAGUUGUCGGCCAAGAUAAUUCAGAAUCUGGACUCACGCUGGGGCCUGUGGGCUGACUUCUGCGAUACUCAAGGCAAUCCACAGUUGCUUAGCCUGACUUCAUCAUCAAACCCAGUGUUGCGGAACAUAACUGAUUAUCUAAUAGAAGAAGCCAGUGCAGAGGAGGAGGAGCUUCUUGGAGCUAAUAAUGCCGCCGCCAACAACUCUGAGGAAAAGGCUGAGGGGGAAGCAAUAGAACGUGAUCCAAGUCUUAUUGCAGUUCUUGAUAGAUUGCUACUGUAUCUUCGCAUAGUUCACUCUGUUGACUAUUACAACCACUCCGAAUACCCUAAUGAAGAUGAAAUGCCCAACCGGUGUGGUAUAAUGCAUGCACGUGGCAUACCUCCCUCAAGCAAGGUCACCCCACAAGAGGUACAGGACUACUGUCGAGCCUUUGAGAACAAAAUUGGGUCAUUCCUUCAGCCCCUCACUAAACUCAGUGAUGAUGAAUCAAAAAAGUUAGGUCUGAAAGAAGCAGAGGAAGAGGUGGAGAAGUUUGUCCAGUCCAACACCCAGGAAGUAGCCAAAGACAAGUGGCAGUGUCCACUGUGUGGGAAGAAGUUCAAGGGUGCUGAGUAUGUUCACAAGCACAUCCUCAUUAAACAUGCUGAGAAGGUCAAGGAAGUCAAGAAAGAGGUGGACUACUUCAACAAUUAUCUCCGUGAUCCCAAACGCCCACAGCUUCCAGAAUAUCCAGGAAACAAACAUGGCGGCAGGAAGGAUGACCGUCCGGAUCCCUACGUGGCAGCUUAUCCUCAACACAUUCCUGAUAAUCGUUAUGGCGCAUAUGCUGGUGGUUAUGCAAGACAGUACCCUGCUGCCCACGGCUAUGGUUAUGGGAGCACCUACCCUAAAGAUUAUUACAGCGGCCGGAGUGAUCCUUAUGUCCGUGAAUCAUACCAGAGACCUAGAGCCACCUACAGAUCACGGUCGGGCGACCCACGGGAAGUCAUUGGAUACCAUGAUUUGGAUGCUCCUGAUGAUACAGAUCUCUUUUAACCUUGACGUCGCCGGCCAAUUGGUCGGUUACAGGGACCUGGAUGCACCGAAAGAAGAUUAUUAGAUUCCAUCUGAAAGUGAUCUGCCAGAACUGGGUCAAGAUGUUUCAGUGAUUUGCAUAUACCAGCCUCAAGACUACAGUACAUACUAUAUAUGGACCAUCCAGUUCUUCGUGCCUACUGCUGCUAUUAUGAAUAAAUCAUAUGUGAUGUUGAUGUAGUUCUUGCAGAAAUUACUUAGUGAUAUGGAAAUGAUCAAGUAAGUCUGGCUCGGUAGUGAAGGAAACACGACAGAUGGAGCUUUAUUACCUUUGUUUUGUAACUAGACGAAAUGUCAGGAAUAGAGCUCUAUCUCUUAGGUGUGUUUCCUUCACCACUAUGAACAAUGUUCAUAAGUCUGGCUUGUUUUCAUGAUACAGUAUUCAGAAACAAGUAAACUUGCAGUUAUAUGUCUCACUGUUUGUUACUUGUGGAAGGUUGGUUUAGUUUACAGCAAAAUGUGGCUGUGGUUGGUGAUAGUUUCAAUUGGAUAACAAAACUUUUGGAAAUAUUUUCUUUCAAUUUAUUCAUAGUACAGUACUGUAAUUGUCCAGGCCCUUUUAAUAUUGAAUUCAUGUUACAGUAUUUCAUCAAACUGUACAAAGGAAAGGACUGCUUGUUCAAAUACAAUAUUUUAGUUAUAUAUACAUCAAUUGUAAAUUGCAGAUAAACACAUGGCAUUGGUAUAAAUACUUCUUUCUGUUGUCAGAAAUAUUUUAUGAUGUAGUAUGGGAGUUUCUUGUAAUCAAGUAAUGAAAAGAAUUUUGUAUA